CGGGGACAGCUCCGCCGGAGGAAGCAGCGCGGGCCCGACCGGCGUCGGCCCGCCGCCUCCGCCGACGCUGCGCUGCGAUCCCACCGCGCUGGCCGGGCCCGAAGUGGUCUGGCCUGUUUGGGCUCAGCGGCCGCAGGGCCGCGGUUUCCGAUGGAAAUCAUAUGACAGAAUACUUGGAUGACAUUUAUUUGAAAGAUCUUCAAGAAUUACAGAAGACAAAAAAACACUAAUGCGUUUGAGAAAGCGGUAAAUUUUGGGGGAGGGGGACAAAGCAACUGCUUUCCGAUCUGCAACUUGGCUGGAUGCUAAGAUGUCCGUGGACAUGAAUAGCCAGGGGUCUGACAGCAAUGAAGAGGACUAUGACCCAAAUUGUGAAGAGGAGGAAGAGGAAGAGGAUGAGGACCCUGGGGACAUAGAGGACUAUUAUGUGGGAGUAGCCAGUGAUGUGGAGCAGCAGGGGGCCGAUGCCUUUGAUCCUGAGGAGUACCAGUUCACCUGCUUGACCUACAAGGAGUCCGAAGGCGCCCUCAACGAGCACAUGACCAGCUUAGCCUCUGUCCUAAAGGUAUCUCAUUCAGUUGCUAAACUUAUAUUAGUUAAUUUCCACUGGCAAGUCUCAGAGAUUUUGGACAGAUACAAGUCCAAUUCUGCUCAACUGCUUGUUGAAGCCCGAGUUCAACCUAAUCCAUCAAAACAUGUCCCCACAGCCCAUCCCCCUCACCACUGUGCAGUGUGUAUGCAGUUUGUGCGGAAGGAAAACCUACUUUCUUUGGCCUGUCAGCACCAGUUUUGCCGCAGCUGCUGGGAGCAGCACUGCUCAGUGCUUGUCAAGGACGGCGUGGGUGUGGGAGUCUCUUGUAUGGCUCAGGACUGUCCACUUCGUACACCAGAGGACUUUGUGUUUCCGUUGCUUCCCAAUGAAGAACUGAGAGACAAAUACAGGCGCUACCUCUUCCGGGACUAUGUGGAGAGUCAUUACCAGCUCCAGCUGUGUCCUGGUGCAGACUGUCCCAUGGUUAUUCGAGUACAGGAGCCUAGAGCUCGCCGAGUGCAGUGCAAUCGGUGCAACGAAGUCUUCUGUUUCAAGUGUCGUCAGAUGUAUCACGCCCCCACAGACUGCGCCACAAUCCGGAAAUGGCUCACGAAGUGUGCAGACGACUCUGAAACGGCCAACUACAUUAGUGCCCACACUAAAGACUGUCCCAAGUGCAACAUCUGCAUUGAGAAGAAUGGAGGCUGCAAUCACAUGCAAUGCUCCAAGUGUAAACACGACUUCUGCUGGAUGUGUCUAGGAGACUGGAAGACUCAUGGCAGUGAAUACUAUGAGUGCAGUCGGUACAAGGAGAAUCCUGACAUUGUCAACCAAAGCCAGCAAGCCCAGGCCAGGGAGGCCCUCAAGAAGUACUUGUUCUACUUUGAGAGGUGGGAAAACCACAACAAAAGCUUGCAGCUAGAGGCGCAGACAUACCAGCGGAUUCAUGAAAAGAUUCAAGAGAGGGUUAUGAAUAACCUGGGGACGUGGAUCGACUGGCAGUAUCUACAGAACGCUGCCAAGCUCUUGGCCAAGGUCCCUUCUCUUCUCUCCUGCUGCAGUGUCGGUACACUCUGCAAUACACCUAUCCCUAUGCGUACUACAUGGAGUCUGGACCCAGGAAGAAGCUGUUUGAAUACCAGCAGGCUCAGCUGGAGGCUGAGAUCGAAAACCUCUCGUGGAAAGUGGAGCGUGCUGACAGCUAUGACCGAGGGGACUUGGAGAACCAGAUGCAUAUAGCAGAGCAGCGGAGGAGAACCCUGCUGAAGGAUUUCCAUGACACCUAGGCUGGGACGUGGACGUGCUGGGGUGAGGAAGACGUGGCUGCAGGUCUCCUGACGGCCAUGCUGCAUGCUGCAGGCUCUGCCCUCACGACCCAGGCGGCAGCCAGGGCCCCACUCCUGAGAGACGCUGGCAACACCUCCUAGUCAUUUUACGUUUUCUUCUCAUCUUUUUGCUUUUUGUUUCUACCAGGGUAGAGGCCAUGUUGAAUUGGCCUCUUUUCAGGACUUUUAAUUCCCCCUGGAUGAUUGUUGGGAGGGAGGGAAAGUUUUUUCUGAAUGGCUAUUAAUAGUAUUAGAUCAUUACAACUUACGUAAUUUUCAGAGGUUGUAUGAUUAUACAACAAAAAAGGCAAACAAACCAUAGGAUAACACAAAGCCCUUUUUAAAAAUAAAUUGGCCUUGGAGUGUUUCACCUUCUAGCUAUUUUACUUAGAAUGUAACAUACUGCCCACCCAUCCUGCCUCAGAAUGUUUGUGCUGCAAGUGGGCCCCAGGGCGGCCAUCACUUUCCAGUUUGACAUGUUUAACCACCAUUGGGUCCUAAGGGGAAAGCAUGGGUGACACAUGGUGGGGGGUUGAGGAGGCCUGCAUAAUGGGCAUGGGGUCACAUUCAGGCCCCCACCUUCCCUUGGCAAUAAGGAGACAGUUAAAAUUGAGUCUUCUUGCCAUGGGGUGUCGUCACCUCUGGUGGCGCUUGUGCCUGUGGGCUCAUCUCUGUUCUUGAAAGUGAGGUUUGCCUGGGUCUGACUCCUGAGGCCAGAGCCCACAGGAAGGUUGUAUCCUCCACACAGGAGACACAGGUUCAGCAUGGUGCUUCCUUUUGUCUCCUAAAAUACAGAUCCACUUUUGAGGGGAGUUGUUGUCCAAAAUAAAUUUGCUUUACUUGGGUCCCUUA